AUGUCCACCUACUCCACUCUCGCCGUCGAGAUUGACCGACUGACCUCAUCGGCCUACCCCUCCCAACUCCGCACCCUUCACGCCGCCGCUGCGAAUGCCACCGACGCCGACAUUGCUCAAUGGGCGGCAGCAAAACCAUGUCUGGUGGAUGGAUUGGCGUGCUGCCUGAUGGAGGGAUUGCAGCAGUGGGCCUACGUGUUGGACAUCAUCACCAAAUUCUCCCUCAACGCCGCCUGUCGAGAUGCAUUCCUGCGCAAUGAGCCCACCCUCCUGCAUAGCGUUGUGGCACAUGCCGUCAAGAAAGGAGAUAGUCGGUCGAAAUAUACGCGAGCGAGUGUUGCGCUGCUGUCUCGCCCGCUUCCGGAUACCGUCGCUCUCCCCGCCGAGGUGCAGACAUUGUUCGUGCAAUUGGUCGAGCAGGCGAGCAAGAAGCCAUGCGCCCAGACGAUUGAACCCGUCUACAUCAUCCUGACAGGAACGGGAAAUCUCCUGCUGGCCAUCCUUUCCACCGAAGUCCUUGCCCAAUUCGAGGAGAAUCUGGUCAACAUCCUCCGGCAUGCCUCGUCGGGAGCCGCGGAUCAGACCCUCUCCUUGUAUUGCCUCUCCAUCAUGGAUGUCGUGCUAUGCGGCAUGGGUCCCGAAUUCCGUUUGACUGCCUCCUCCUACAACACCCAGGACUUCCUCGCCAGCACGCCCGUCUCUUCUCRCUGGAAGUCCGAGGCGUUGCAGCAGUUCUUCUCCGGUAACAAGGCCCAGCGUAGCACUCAACUCAUUGCUCUACUCGUCCUAUCUGCUCUAAGCACCUUGGAUCGCCCUUCCUCCCAGAUCAAGUCCGUCGUCCUGGCCAAUGAGGUCAUCACGGCCAUUCCACCAGACCUCCGCAAGAUCUGGUGUGCUGCGAACAACACCACCAUCAGACGCAUACAAGAGAAGCUGUGCACCCAAGACUUGGACGCUCAGCUAAAGACUCUUGGAUUGCGGUUCAUGGGUAAGCUGUGUGAAUUCGACUCCCUCCCACAUCCGGUGUUGGAGAAUCUCGAGACGACGUUCCUUGAUCCCACCAGCAUGCAGAUUGUGCACACCCUCAGCCCACAUGUCAACGACUGCGACCUCUUCUCCAGCGUUCUCGCCCACGCUCCUAUCAGUCUUCUGCUUCAAAAUGCUGUCGACUACGCAAUUCGAGCAGAUGUGGCGGAGCUCGCUGCAGGACUGGAUGCAAUCACACGCACUAUGCGAGAUGCUUUGACUAUUAUUGAGGACCACAAGAUCACAGUCCAUCAAGUGCGCGAGAUAUUGAACGAUGAGGACUUUUUACAAAAGCUUCAAGUCCUGCAAGGAACACUCGGCAACAAAUGCGGCGACCAGCAGCAAGGUGAAGGCUGGUGCAAGACGGCCUUGCAUAGGAAGCGGUCGAACCUCGCCCACCAAAUCACCAACCUGUUGCUAAGAGCAUCACAGAAGAGCAACAUUGGUCCCCAGUCAAUGACGCUUUUGUUGGACCUGCAUGCGUCUUCUGCGAGGGGUGAAGUAGCAUGCGAUCAUGGAAGGACAUCGUGGAGAGACCAUCUCAAUUUUGGUCAGGCGAAUGGUGUGGACGAGUCCGGAGAAGAUAGCAUGGAUUGGAGGGAAGCACUACACACCCACUUUCGUGCUAGAGCAGAAGUGGAACAAGAUGCAGUCACGACACUAUUUACAAAGGCAUGCGCUAGCUUGGAGGCAAGGUGCGAGAAUGUUGAGAAGCCACUUCGCGAGGCGAAAGAGAAGUGUCGAGUGUUGGAAGAACACAAUCAAGCUUUGCGAUCGGCUUUUGCUGAGUUGGAAGCAAAGAAUGCAGAAAUUGGAGCAGAAAUGCACGCUGUUGAGGAUGAGCGAGACCAGUACAUUCAAGACUUGGAACAGACGAGACAUACCAGCGGUGACCUGCUGGAGAGAAUUUCAAGACUUGAAGAAACUCUACGAGCAUCACAAGAACAAGCUCGGGAAGAAUUGCGCGAGAUGCAGAGCGCCAGAGAAAUGGCCACUCUUGAUAAUCAAGCUUCGUUGGCGAGGAAAGAAGAGCAGCUCGACGACCUUCAGGACAGAUACGAGGAAACAGUUGGAGCGCUUGCGGAGAAGCGAAGACUCAUGGCAGACAUGGAGAUUGACCUGCGUGAUUCGCGUGCGAACAAAACCCGAUUAGAGGAGCAUGCUCGGUCUCAUCAAACGGAAGUACAGGAGCUUCAGACCACGCUCGCAGAUCUGGAACGUGCGAACAGAGAUCUCUCCGCCAAACAUUCGCGGCUGGAAAAGGAGCUGAGCUCAGCGACUUCUAACGACACAACUCGUACAGAGCAGCUCAAUKCAGUCCGUAAUGACCUCCAAUCUCUAAAGUCAGAACACGACGGCCUCAGACGGACAUACGAAAACUCCACUGCAGAGCUUGAAGCCUGCCGUCAGGAUCUCCAACGUCAGAACGAGCAAAUGCAGAAGCUGGAGAACUCGCAUCGUGAGACUGCGGCGGACUUCCAACGGCAGCUCAAAGAGGCACACUCUCACCACGACUCGCUCUCUGCGGAUGUGCAGGCCAAAGAAGCCAAGGCGACGGAUCUGCAGAAGCGUGUCGAAAAGUACAAGCGCAAGUGCGAGCUCAAAGACAAACAAAUCCAAGAUGCGGAGGCCAUGAGAGUCAAUCUCAUGGCUGCCAUGGGAAUCAGAGGGCCCGASUCUUUAGCGGUCAGAUCGAAGACCCAGUCUACGCAGGAGGCUGAUGAUACAAUGAUGGAUCUUGAUGAGGAGAGCGAGUUCCCGCUGGAGGAUCUACAUACUCAACAGGGAGAGCAGAGACAUGAGGAGCCGGAGCCUAAGCGUCCACGGUCUUUUUCGAGGAAAUCCAUGCCUGAUAUCAUUGCUUCGAGGACCUCUGCUCGGACGAGCACACUUGGUGUUGGACGGCAGAGUUUGGGUGCUGGUAGAGCGGCAUUGCAGAGUAUAUCUGCGAAUGGUGGUGGGAGAAAGAGCUUGAAUGUUGGGUUUGCAAAGGUUGCGAAGACUCCGAGUAAGAGUGUUACCGUUGUUGCUGAGGAGACGAAUGGAGGCGAGGAUGAGAGUACUUUUGAUGGGAGUGAGCUGUUUGCGGGGACGCAGGCCGAGGGCUACGUUGACCCGGGGUUGGGCAGUGGGUGGCAGUGA